GCGGACUUUGGCGCCUUCUGCUGCUGGUGUUGGAGCGGCGGUGCCUGGGUUGCAGCGAGCCCGAGCCGCGGGCCGCCAUGGCGCUGCGCGCGGUCAUUUUCGACCUGGACGGGGUCCUGGCGCUGCCCUCGUUCGCCGGCGCCUUGACCAGCACGGAGGAAGCGCUGGCGCUGCCCAGAGGUUUCCUGAUGGAAGUGUUCCUCAACAAAGGCAUUUCAGGCUCUGGUGCCCGCCUUCUACGGGGUGAGAUCACCUUUUCCCAAUUCAUUUCUGUCCUGGAAGACGCCUACAUGAAAUACCACCAGGCUUCGGGCAGCAGAAGCCCCAGGACCAUAUCCAAAAUCAUGAGCAAGGUGCUCUCAGAGAGAACCAUCAACUCCCGCAUGCUGCAGGCAGCACUGUCACUCCGGAGACAGGGCCUGGUCACUGGCAUCCUCACCAACAACUGGCUGGACGACAGUCCCUACCGCCACAGCCUGGCGCAGCUGAUGUGCUCCCUGCGGCCACACUUUGACCUGCUUGUCGAGUCGUGCCAGGUGGGCAUGCUCAAGCCGCAGCCCCAGAUCUACCAGCAUGUGCUGGACAGCCUGAAGGCCAAUCCCAAGGAGGUCGUGUUUCUGGACGACAUGGAGCUGAACCUGAUGCCGGCCCGCGAGCUGGGAAUGGCCACCAUCCUCGCCAGUGACACGGACUCUGCGCUGAAGGAGCUGGAGAGCAUCACAGGGAUACAGCUUCUGCACAUGGCCUCCCCUCUGCCAGCCUCCUGCCACCCUGACCAUGUGAGCCACGGUUAUGUGUCUAUCAGGCCGGGGAUACGCCUGCAUUAUGUGGAAAUGGGCUCUGGCCCCCCAGUGUGCCUGUGUCACGGGUUUCCUGAGAGCUGGUUCUCUUGGAGGUACCAGAUCCCUGCUCUGGCCCAGGCCGGCUUCCGAGUGAUCGCUGUGGACAUGAAGGGCUACGGGGACUCGUCUGCUCCCCACGAAAUAGAGGAAUAUUCCAUGGAGAUGCUAUGUAAGGACAUGGUGACCUUCCUCGAUAAGAUGGGUCUCGUCCAGGCUACAUUCAUUGGUCAUGACUGGGGUGGCGUGUUGGUGUGGAAUCUGGCUCUCUUCUACCCUGAGAGAGUGAGUGCUGUGGCCAGCCUCAACACCCCCUUCGCACCGGCCAAACCUGACGUGGACCCCAUGAAGAAGAUAGAGGCCAAUCCCAUGUUCGACUACCAGCUCUACUUCCAGGAGCCAGGAGUGGCUGAGGCCGAACUGGAAAAGGACCUGAAUCGGACCUUCAGGAGCUUCUUCAGAGCAUUUGAUGAGCCUCUGCUUGCUAUGAACAAAGUCCGAAAAUCAGGUGGCCUCUUCGUGAAGGUCCCUCAAAAGCCAAGUCUCAGCAGGAUCAUGACCGAGGAGGACAUUCAGUUCUACGUUCAGCAGUUCAAGAAGUCUGGCUUCAGGGGUCCCUUGAAUUGGUACCGAAACAUAAAUGCCAACUGGAAAUGGGGCUGCAAAGCUUCUGACCGCAAGAUCCUCAUCCCUGCCCUGAUGGUCACAGCUGAGAAGGACUUUGUGCUGCCCCCCGAAAUGUCCAAGCACAUGGAGAAAUGGAUCCCAAACCUGAAGGGGGGGCCUGUCAAGGACUGUGGACACUGGACCCAGAUGGAACAGCCCGCUGAGGUGAACCAGAUCCUCACACAGUGGCUGCAGGCUGAAGCCAGGCCAGCGUACACAAAUUCCUCGAAGCUCUAGGACUUAGGCUCUUCACCUGGCUCCUGGGAACAGAUGGGGCCCUCCCGCCUUCUCCCUAAACCCACAGGGCUGCCAGCAGUGAUAUUUUCUUGGUUUGGAGGUACACCCAGCAAUGCUCAGGGGUUACUCCUGCCUCUGCACUCAGGAAUCACUCCUGGCAGGCUCAGGAAUGCUACGGGAAGCUGAGGAUGGAACCCAGGUUGGCCUCAUUUGUGCAAGGCAAAAGCCCUCCCCACUGUGCUAUCACUCGGCCCCAGAAGUGAUUUUUUUUGGGGCAAUG